AUGGCUCCACUCCGCAGUUUUUCAUUUCUUUCAGUUAUACUUUUCUCUCUGCAGCUAUUCCUCCUUUUGCAAAGUUCUUAUUCCCGGGCGACUUCUCAACUCAGCUCUGGCCCUCGUCCCAGCUUUGGUCCGCAUGAAUUUUCUAGAAAAGUUGUACUUGAAGUUACAGAGAAAGUUAUAGCAGCCGAUUGCACCAAGAGGCCCUCGGCAGUUGUCAACGGCACUUUUCCAGGGCCAGAACUACGUUUCAAGGCAGGCGACAAGAUUAAAGUUACGGUCAUCAACCUCUUGAAGGAAGACAAUAUUACAAUUCACUUCCACGGGCUCUCUACAGUUGGAGCGCCCUUUUCAGAUGGUACUGAAAAAAUAGCCCAAUACGCCAUUCCUCCAGCUGGAGGAAAAUUUGACUACAUCUUCUUGCUAGACUCGCCCGGUACAUAUAUUUAUCAUGCUCAUGUUGGCUUUAAGUUGAUGACUUGCCAUGGUGCUUUCAUCGUCGAGGACGCCCACAAGCCGCCUUUCAAAUAUGACGAAGAGCGCGUAUUGCUAUUUGCCGAUUAUUACCAUAACCUCGAGAAACAAAUCGAGCUUGGCGUAACUUCAGUGCCGUUUCAGUGGCUCGGCGAACCCCAAAGCAUGGUGGUCAACGGCAAUGCUUUGGGAAAGUGUAAUGCAAAUAGCCCCUUUGGCUGCACCACCGACUGUCGCCAUCAUCGCCUUGUUGUCAAGCCGGGUAUGACAUACAGAGUCAGAGUGAUUGGUAUCACAGUCCUUACAUACUUGUACAUUGGUAUUGAGGAUCAUGAAGACCUCUCGGUCAUAGAAGUAGAUAGUGGCUACGUUCGUCCCGCGUCAACUAAACACAUUCAACUCCAUUCCGGCCAACGGUAUUCAUUUUUGCUAAAGACCAAAAGCCGCGAAGAGCUGAAAAAGCUUGGAUCUAAAAGAGAUUUCUGGGGGCGGAUCGAAACCAGAUGGCGGCCGAUUCGUGAUCAAGGCGCUUUUGUACUCCACUACGAGGAUGAGGCCUCAACCUCGAUUGGCCCUUCGGUUACCAACAAGCCCCUCGACCUUUCCCUAUCACCAUUACCUGAACCUAAAGAAUUCAAAAAAAUAGUGGAUUUGCCUAACGAGGGGAAUACUUGGUUGGCUGACACAUUUGAGCCACUAGACCCAAAGGAAGUCGCACCUACGGCCGCGGAAGUAACCCGUAGGAUUUUGAUACAGGGGCAGCAGCUCAAGAUGCCUGAUGGGCACAUCUAUUGGUUUGUCAAUGGGGAGAAAUACGUCGAGACUCAGCCGAAAGUACCGUUCUUGGUUAGAGCCUAUACUUCGAAGUUAAAACCGGACUACAAAGCCGCCGAAGAAAACAACGGUUUCGAUAAAAAACUGGGAGCUUAUCCAAUCAAAUUCAAUGACGUGGUGGAAAUUGUGAUAGUCAAUCAAGCGUCGUCGGCGGGGACGAGCGAGAUUCACCCGUGGCAUCUUCAUGGUCAAGAGUUCUAUGUAGUGGCACACGGGACUGGAGAAUUCACCAAAGCCAAGCUAGCCGAAGCAGAAGCGCACCCAAAGAGGCAUAUUCGCCGAGAUACUGAGAUUAUCUUCGCAUCACAGCGAGGUGCCUCUUAUACUGGUACUACUGUCACGCCAGGCAUGGUGACGGGAUGGAUGGUACUAAGAAUGAAAGCCCGAACUCCGGGUGCCUUCCUCAUGCAUUGUCACACUCAGCCACAUGUUUUUAUGGGCAUGGGUGUAGUCAUAGUUGUAGGGAUUGAAGACCUGCCGCCAUUACCGCCUGGAGUUCUCAAGGACUAUGUAAAACCAACCGAACCAUGA